UCGUUGACAACAUUCAUUCAAAAGACUAAUAGAACGCAAACAAAACACAUAUACAAAAAAAAAAAAUCAUCUUCAAAGGUUUUACAGGAAACAAUGUCUUUAUCCGUAUGCAGCUCGCCGGUUUUCUCCCAGAGGCCCUCUUCUCUUUUCUGCAACAACAAGGCGUCGCCGCUUCAAACCCUAACUCUGUCUCAUUCCCAUCUCCUUCCUCCGGUUUCCUCUCCUUCCGCUGCGUCUCCCACUUCGCCCUUCUUCAUCCGUCUACUUAUACCGCCGGUUAGUUCAGUGUUUAGUUCAGACUCUGGUCCCGGAGACUGUGAUCGCCAUUUGUUGAAGAGGAAGCGACCGACGAGGCUUGAUAUACCGGUGGCCCCUGUGGGUGUUGCAGCACCUAUCUCGGUGAAUGCAGAGACGCUGAGGGGAGAAAGUGGAGAGGUGGAGAGGGAAGGUGAUGGGUUUUCAGUUUACUGCAAGAGAGGAAAGAGGGAAGCUAUGGAGGAUCGGUUCUCUGCUACUACCAAUCUUGAAAGAGAUCCCAAACAGGCAAUUUUUGGAGUCUAUGAUGGUCACGGAGGAUCAAGAGCGUCUGAGUUUGCGGCUGAGAACUUGUGUAACAACAUUCUAAGAGAGAUAGGUAGUGAGGGGAACGAGUCAGAGAUUGAAGAAGCUGUGAAACGCGGUUAUCUAGCGACUGAUUCUGAGUUUCUCAAGGAGAAAGAUGUUAAGGGAGGAUCAUGCUGCGUCACGGCUCUGAUUAAAGACGGGAAUCUCGUGGUGUCCAGUGCAGGUGACUGCCGUGCUGUUUUGAGCGUUGGAGGACUCGCGGAGGCACUGACUUCUGACCACCGCCCUUCUAGAGAGGAUGAACGGAACAGAAUUGAAAGAUCGGGCGGCUAUGUUGAUACAUUUAAUAGUGUUUGGAGAAUUCAAGGAUCUUUAGCUGUAUCUAGAGGAAUUGGAGAUGCUCAUCUCAAACGAUGGGUGAUAUCUGAACCCGAGACAAAGAUUUUACAUAUCAAUCCCCAACACGAGUUCUUGAUCUUGGCGUCAGACGGUCUGUGGGAAAAGGUUGGUAAUCAGGAGGCAGUAGAUAUAGCUCGAUCGUUCUGCAUGGGAACCGAUCAAAACCAGAAACUAUUGUUGGCGUGUAAGAAGCUCGUUGACCUCUCUGUUUCACGAGGCUCCUUUGACGAUAUCAGUGUGAUGUUGAUUCCGCUAUGCCGCUUCAUCUGACCACUGGAGAAAUGUAGAGAUUAAAAACAAUUUAGACGCUUUUAACUUCAUUUAGCUAUAUUAGUUACUUUAUGUAUAUACCGUAUCAUGCAUGGGUGUUAUUGUUACAUAAUACAUGACACCUAUAAUGCAUAUACACCUAUAUAUUUAGCUGGUAAAUACUGUAACUAUUAACUUGAUCUUUAAAAAAAAAACUGAACGCCUGAGAGUUUAGUACGGUCUUUAAGUACAUGUUGCAAUUUCACAUUCUUAAGUUGCUUCCAAGUGGAUUCUCUUUUGCAUGUAUACCUAGGUUGGAAAAGAUGGUACGGGCCCCCAAAAUCUCCAUACAGUAUCUUAUCUUUUGGACAUUUCAAGUAAUUCUUUCGC